CAUUUCCCUUGAGCGCCAUCUUGCUUCUUACCACGUUUACGUCGGCUAGAGACCAUGAGUUCUCUUAAGCUGCAGAAGAGGCUUGCCUCUUCGGUGAUGCGAUGUGGCAAAAAGAAAGUAUGGUUGGACCCUAACGAGAUCAACGAGAUUGCCAAUGCCAAUUCCAGACAGAACAUUCGCAAGCUCAUUAAGGAUGGUCUCAUCAUCAAGAAACCUGUCGCUGUGCACUCGAGAGCGCGCGUCCGCAAAAACACCGAGGCCCGAAGGAAGGGCAGACACUGCGGCCACGGCAAGAGGAAAGGUACGGCCAACGCUCGUAUGCCGACCAAGUUGCUUUGGAUCAACAGAAUGCGAGUUCUUAGAAGGCUACUCAAAAAAUACAGGGAAGCCAAGAAGAUUGACAAGCACCUGUACCAUGCCUUGUACAUGAAGGCAAAGGGAAACGUUUUCAAGAACAAGCGUGUCUUGAUGGAGUACAUCCACAAGAAGAAGGCUGAGAAGACGAGGACGAAGAUGCUGACUGACCAGGCCGAGGCUCGCAGGCAGAAGGUCAAGGCGGCGAGAAAGCGCAGGGAAGAGAGAAUCACGCAGAAGAAGCAGGAGUUGCUGCAGACCUACCAGAAGGAGGCUGAGGCUGCCACCACUGCUCCUGCCAAGAAGUGAUCCUCGCCCUCUGUUCUUUUUGCAUAAUUAAAAGUUAUUCAAUAAAAUGUCCGCUAAA